GUCAGCCAGGAACAUGGAGGCCCCGGGUGCCCAGCGCGAAGGGCAACGUCACACCUCCUGAGGACAGCCAGGAGGACUCUGGCUUUUGCUGAACUUUGCAUCUUGCCUCCUUCCUUCCAAAGGCUCCGGACCCAAGUUCGGCUGCCCUGGAGUCCUGCGUGUCCCUGGCCAGGCCCUCCACUGCCCCUCCAGGCCAGCCCAGUUCUGGAGCUCACCUCCAGGACCUGGAGCCUGCCCUCCUGCCCAGAAUGACUCACCAUUAUUUCUCGCUCAAGUGAGAAGGCGUGAUGGGCAACCGGGCUGCCUAUUUGUGUAUCUAGGAUUCCCACAGUAUCUGAUCAGCUCUUCGAGGAAGAGAGCUUCAGGUUCCUGCCUUGCCAGCCAAGCGAGGCUGUCUCUCCAGCUCUCAGAGAGCCCACGGGCUCUCCUGCAGGAACCCAGGCCAAUGCUUCUGUGUUUCCUGGGGCCAUAAGCGGUACCCUGAGCUCCCUGCCGCCAGGCAGCUGGAAGGCAUAGUGUGAGGCCCUUCUCUCAGCCCCAAUUAUGACAGUGGCCACCGGAGAGCCAGCGGACGAGGCUGCUGCCCUCCCCGGGCACCCGCAGGACACCUAUGACCCCGAGGCAGACCACGAGUGCUGUGAGAGGGUGGUGAUCAACAUCUCGGGGCUGCGGUUCGAGACCCAGCUGAAGACCUUAGCCCAGUUUCCAGAGACCCUCUUAGGGGACCCAAAGAAGCGGAUGAGGUACUUUGACCCCCUCCGAAAUGAGUACUUUUUCGAUCGGAACCGCCCCAGCUUUGAUGCCAUCUUGUACUAUUACCAGUCUGGGGGCCGGCUGAGGCGACCUGUGAACGUGCCCUUAGAUAUAUUCUCUGAGGAGAUUCGGUUUUAUGAGCUGGGAGAAGAAGCCAUGGAAAUGUUUCGGGAAGAUGAAGGCUAUAUCAAAGAAGAAGAGCGUCCUCUGCCCGAAAAUGAGUUUCAGAGGCAGGUGUGGCUCCUCUUUGAAUACCCAGAGAGCUCGGGGCCUGCCCGGAUUAUAGCUAUCGUGUCUGUCAUGGUGAUCCUGAUCUCGAUCGUCAGCUUCUGCCUGGAAACACUGCCCAUCUUCCGGGAUGAGAACGAGGACAUGCAUGGCGGCGGGAUGACCUUCCACACCUAUUCCAACAGCACCAUCGGGUACCAGCAGUCGACCUCCUUCACUGACCCUUUCUUCAUCGUAGAGACCCUCUGCAUCAUCUGGUUCUCCUUUGAAUUCUUGGUGAGGUUCUUUGCCUGUCCCAGCAAGGCCGGCUUCUUCACCAACAUCAUGAACAUCAUCGACAUCGUGGCCAUCAUCCCCUACUUCAUCACCCUGGGGACAGAGCUGGCCGAGAAGCCGGAGGAUGCCCAGCAGGGCCAGCAGGCCAUGUCGCUGGCCAUCCUCCGUGUCAUCCGGUUGGUAAGAGUCUUUAGGAUUUUCAAGUUGUCUCGACACUCGAAAGGUCUCCAGAUUCUAGGUCAGACCCUCAAAGCCAGCAUGAGAGAAUUGGGCCUCCUGAUAUUCUUCCUCUUCAUCGGGGUCAUCCUUUUCUCUAGUGCUGUCUAUUUCGCAGAGGCCGAUGAGCGAGACUCCCAGUUCCCCAGCAUCCCGGAUGCCUUCUGGUGGGCAGUCGUCUCCAUGACAACCGUAGGCUAUGGAGACAUGGUUCCAACUACCAUCGGGGGAAAGAUCGUGGGCUCCCUAUGCGCGAUUGCAGGUGUGUUAACCAUUGCCUUACCGGUCCCCGUCAUCGUGUCCAACUUCAACUACUUCUACCACCGGGAGACAGAGGGAGAGGAGCAGGCCCAGUACCUGCAAGUGACGAGCUGUCCAAAGAUCCCAUCCUCCCCUGACCUAAAGAAAAGUAGAAGUGCCUCUACCAUUAGUAAGUCUGAUUACAUGGAGAUCCAGGAGGGGGUAAACAACAGUAACGAGGACUUUAGAGAGGAAAACUUGAAAACGGCCAACUGCACUUUGGCUAAUACAAACUAUGUGAAUAUUACCAAAAUGUUAACUGAUGUCUGAUGGAAACCCAUUACCAUACUCGCAGCUCCAUGGAACUAAUGCAGAUCUUGCGUAAUAGCCUGCAUUGUAGUCAGUGUGUUCUACAGUGUGUAUCUGGUUCUGCAUGGAAAGCAAUAGUCGUGCAAGUGACUUUUUGAUCUUUUGAUUUUGGAUUUAGAGCACAGAGUAUCUGUCCAUGGCUUUCAUGCAAAUCUUCAUCACCGGCUUAGGGGUUUCCAAACAGGGGGGGUCACCCAUGGAGCCAGAAUUUCAUAAGGACACGUUGGGGCCACCUCAUGUCAAAUACAUAACCCACCGCCUCAACGCCACCUUCCCUUCCAAGUUAGAUGCACACGGCACCCGGGAGAUGCACCCCUCCCCCACCCCAGCCUCCGGGUCCCCGGCACCAUCAUCCCAUAUGAGCCCACCUCCCCCUUCACAGAGGAAAACCAUGGUGGCUCAGCUUUAAAGCGCUGGUAAUUGUGCAAAAGGUCAUUCCCAUUUUUGCAUCGAAAAGCACACACAGGCCUGUGUAUUGGAAUUACUUUCUGUGUCACGGGCUGGGCUUUGUGAGUUGCAGUUGCCAAGUGGAUGGUCUGGAGGCUUGUGUUUCGUAACGGAAAAUGCUGCAUUUGGUUUUUCUCUGCAGUGUGGAUGUGAGGGAACCCCAGGGGGGAGGGACGGUGAGUAUGGCCGAAUGUGAGUUGUCAAGUUUCACAUUUGCUCUUAGGCCUAUGGGGAGAAGCUAGCAAGCCAAGGGACCUCUCGGCUUCAGAUCUCACCAUUUUUGCAGGCUUCAGGGUCACACAACACGUCUGAUUUCUUCGUUACACUGGAGUUUGCAGACAUCUGCUUUCCUAGUGCCGUGCCAGCGGCACUGACACCGCAGUGAAAUUACCAGUGAUGCGAUAGAGCUGCAUGGGUGUUUCUUGCAUGAAUCUCAAUAUUUAAAACACAGGAGAUAACCUAUUUUCUUAGUAGCCUACACAGUAUUCAUAUUUAGAGUAUUAAUAGCCCCAGAGUGGCAUUGAACUAGGGUUUUUCCCCCCCAUCGGAGGACAAAAGCCCUCAAUCAGGAGAAAAAAAAAAAAAAAAA